UAUUGUCAAAUUAACGCUUAAAUAUAAUCUGUGUGUCUUCCCGUUAGCAACAGUUUAACCUUGAAUAGUGCGCGAAUAGUUGAGGGCGUGGGGAAGCGGGAGGGGUAAUUUCACCGCACUUGUCUGUCGUUGUUUGGACGCCAUUAAGUGUGCGCGACAGUGCGCGUGUUAUUGUAUUCUACUUGUUAGAAAAAUUGAUUUCAAACACUGCCGGCAAGAAAAUAAGACACAUUAAAAUGUCGCAAGUCAAAACGCGAAAUACGACAUGUUGUCCUGUGUUUGGUUUACCGGAGAAGUUACCAUUGUCUCAAUUACCGACUUAUAAUGCUGUAAUGAAGAAUUACUUAUUUAUUAAAUAUGAAUUAAAGCCUGACAAAACAACAAAAGAACCGACAGUUCAUGAUAUAUCCGAAAGAUUGACUACGGAAAUUUUAGAUAUAUGGCGUAAAGCAUCGCUUCCUACUGUCAGCUUUAAGAGAGUUCUUAAACUUAUUCGAACUUACCAUGACAAAUAUAGAGGAUUACUAAAACCUUAUCAAGGCCGUAAAAUGAAUAAGAAAUAUCAACAGAAGAUAGCUGAAUUUGUAACUGAGUCCCAAAGGUUAUUUGAUGUUUGCAGUUGCAAAUGUAAACUUAUCUCAGAGUGUACUUGCUCAAAAGAUAACCGUGUUCCCAGGGAAGAAGUGUCUUUUUUACUUGAUCAAAGAACAACAAGAAAAAUGAUGAUAGGCGGUGUAGAUUUGGUUGCGACUGAAAAAAAUAUAAAAAAAUUCAAAAGACAUGAAAAAGAAUUACUACGUAAGAAAGAAAUAGUGGAUACUAACCAACCGUCUUGUUCUCGUUCUUUACCUGAUAACUUAACGAUCGAAAGCGCCAGUUCAAGCAAUAAUAGCGUAGCUUCUAGUCCUUAUCAAUCGCCUAAACAAACAGCUGCUCCGCCAACAAAGAAAAAGAGAUUAAAUUUACCAUCAUUAGCCCUCGCCUGCGAUCGUACGGGGGUCUCUGAUAGAGCAGCUGCUAUUAUAGCUUCUUCAGUGUUAAAAGAUGUUGGAAUUAUUACAUCAAAGGAUCCAAGUGCUGUUAUUGAUCGUUCAAAGUUACGACGUGAAAGAACGAAAGUCAGAUCAGCUUUAUACGAUGCAGAUCGCAAUAAAAGUAUACGCGGUAUUUAUUUUGAUGGCAGAAAAGAUAAGACUUUGGUUAAUAUUCAGAAGGAAGGCAAAUUUUAUAGAAAAAGAGUAAUAGAAGAUCAUUAUGUGAUUUUAUCAGAACCAGGAAGUGAUUAUUUCGGGCAUGUUACGUGUGAGUUGGGAACUGCUAGAGGUAUUGAAAGUAGCAUAAUAAACCAUUUAAGAACAAAAUCGGUGGAAUUGGAUAAAAUAAUUGUUGUUGGUUGCGAUGGUACAGUCGUGAAUACAGGUUUCAAAGGAGGUGUUUGCAAAAUGGCAGAAAACUCUAGGAAGCGUCAACUUCGGCCGUCGACUUCAUCAAAAAGAAAAGUAUUUCGAGUGGAAAGUCCAUCAUUUGAAGAGGAAGUCAAUGCCCUAUUGCUAGCUUUAGACCAAUCAGACAGUGAAGGUGAUAUUAAAGAGUUCUUGGUUUUCGACCGCGAACUUUUGCAGUUACGUGAAAGUUACCAAGAUGAAGAUCUAGAGGAGAACAUUCCAGAAGUGGAUAGCAGCAAUGUGGAGUGCCAGAUCACUAGAGGAGAUAGCACCGAUAGUUCUGAUGAUGCCUUGCCUCUUUCGGAAUUACGAAAAUCGAAUUUUUACUACGGUAAAAAUUGUUAUAAAUGGUCGAAGACGCCUCCUAAUACUAGGGUUCGCACACUGCAACAUAAUAUAAUUACGCAUGCUUGUGGAUUGAAAUUGACAGGUGAAAAUGCGAAAGACCCUUUGAGCAUUUGGCAUAAAUUGAUUGACGAUGAAAUGCUCCAACAAGUUUUGACUAGGACUAACAAAAAAAUUGCCAGUUACAGGAUGAAGUUCGCUCGGCAGAAUAAACCUGAACUGAAAGACAUUGAUAUUACUGAACUGAAGGCUUUUGUGGGGCUUUUACUAUAUUCACCUGUUUUGAAAUCUAACCACGAACGUACUGGUUACUUAUUUGCAAGAGAUGCUACAGGCUGUGAAAUAUUUAGAUGCGGCAUGUCAGAAAAUAGAUUUCUCAUAUUGUUACUGUGUUUGAUUCGAUAA